ACGGGUGACUGCGGCCCCGCGCCUCCGACGCGGUUCCCUCUCCAGCAUGAGCUGCUCGCUGCCGCCGGGAGUGCGCCAAGGCCGGCAGCGCCUAAUGGAUUACAGCAGCCGCCCGGGCCGACCGCCGCCUGCAGCUCGGCAGCCUCCGGGUUCGGGACGGUGAGAGAGCGCCUCGCCCGCCUGGCCUCAGCCCUGGGCAGCUCAGUGCCUGCGAGCAGCGCCUGCCUCGGGGUCUGAAGCCGCAGCAUGGACGGAGAGGCCAGCCGGCUCGGGGCCCAGGAAGAAGAAUGUCCUGGUUGCUCUGCUGCUUGGUAACCCCAGCCCUGGCAAAAGAAUGAGGGAACUCGUUGCAGCAAAUCGUCACCAAGCCCGCCAGUCUACCUGAACUGUCUCUGGAUCCGCGGGUGGCUGCGGCGGCUCGGUGAUGGCUCAGAGGAAAAGGCUGGGGCUGGCAGCCGUCUGGGUAUCUGUUCUGGGUGGGACCCAGAGUUUGUGACGUUGUCUAUAUAUACCCUGUAGAACCGAAUUUGUGUGGUAUCUACAUAGUCACAGAUUCGAUUCUAGGGGAAUAUAUGGUCGAUGCAAAAACUUCACGUUUCUCCGAAAUAGCCAAAGACGGAGGUGGGGACCAGAGGCAGCGGGUGCGGCUCAGCUGCCCCUUUCUGUUUGAUUACCUUGGACUCCAGCAGGAUCCCCUGUGCCUGCUCACGGCAGAGCAGCCUUUUCCUCUAGGAGCGCCUCACCUUUAAACAAUCUUCCAUGGAGGCUGCAAAAAGAAACCCCAAUUGGUUGAGCGAAUGCGCAGGGCCAAAGGGCUGGGUGGUGGGGUGCCCGGGAGUAAGGGAAGCCAGCCAACUCCCGCUCCAGCUCUGCCCUCCGUGGGGCACAGAGUGCAAAGGUAACCCACGCGGAGCCCGGUGCCAUUGAGAAGCCGCCUGUGGGAGGAAGGCCGGCAGGAACAUUUGGGGUGCAUCUGGGUGAAGGGAGGGUGCCCUCAGCGGCUUCCCGACCCACCCCUCAACUGCAUGGGCCCCAUGCCAUUCCUGUCGGCGUGGCUCAGCUCUGAUAGGAACACUGGUGCCUGGGCGCGGGCAGAAAGCGUGGUGGUUACUCAUUGCCUAAUCUGAUUCAGGCUGGCCAGAUUCUGGUAACUUUUGGGUGACCCUGAUGAAGACAAAGCCGGGAGCUGGCCUUUGUAUGACAGGAUCCCGGCUCCCACGGGAUGGGCGGGAGCCCUGCCUGCCUGGGGCACUCUGCCCAACUCCGGGGCCACCGUGCCCGUCCACCUUUCGUUGCCUGGCACCCCAAGAGGAGGACUGAUUUCCCCUGUGAACUGUGCCCACUUUCUGGGGGUGCUGCUUUCCGGGCGGGGGUGAGUGGAGAGGGCACCGGGGUUAGCAAAGUCAGGGGCAGACAAAAGCUGGGAUUUCUUGAGGGGAGUGCGGGUGCAGGAUUGGAACUAGGCUAACAUGUGAUCGGGCCCUCGGAUGUGCCAGGGCGAGUCAGUUGAUUACACGUAUGUUAUUUAGUUAAAUUUGUGAAAAUUAUGAGAUGCUCACCAACCCGGUGAUAAACUCGCUUCCUCCCCAUUGGCUGACCUGGUCACAUGGCCGCCCAACUUUAUUCAGUUGACAGCAAGUAGGAGGGCCCUAUGGAAGGAGAAAAAAAGACAACACGAGAAAAAUUAGUAUUUUCUACCUUCUGAAAUUAAUGGCCAUGAGUUCGUAUAUGGUGAACUCCAAGUAUGUGGACCCCAAGUUCCCUCCGUGCGAGGAAUAUUUGCAGGGCGGCUACCUAGGCGAGCAGGGCGCAGAUUAUUACGGCGGCGCCGCGCCGGGCGCAGACUUCCAGCCCCCGGGGCUCUACUCGCGACCCGACUUCGGUGAGCAGCCCUUCGGAAGCGGCGGCCCGGGGCCCGGCUCGGCGCUGCCCGUGCGGGGUCACGGGCAAGAGCCCGGGGGCCCUGGCGGUCACUACGGCGCCCCGGGAGAGCCGUGCCCUGCGCCCCCGCCCGCGCCCCUGCCUGGCGCCCGGGCCUGCAGCCAGCCGGGCGGCCCCAAGCAGCCGCCCCCCGGGACGGCACUCAAGCAGCCGGCCGUGGUGUACCCCUGGAUGAAGAAGGUGCACGUGAAUUCGGUGAACCCCAACUACACCGGCGGGGAGCCCAAGCGUUCCCGAACGGCCUACACCCGCCAGCAAGUCCUAGAACUGGAAAAGGAAUUUCAUUUUAACAGGUAUCUGACCCGGCGCCGGCGGAUUGAGAUCGCGCACACCCUGUGUCUGUCCGAGCGCCAGAUCAAGAUCUGGUUCCAGAAUCGGAGGAUGAAGUGGAAAAAAGAUCACAAGCUGCCCAACACCAAAGGCAGAUCUUCGUCCUCCUCGUCCUCCUCCUCCUCCUCCUCCUGCUCCUCCUCAGCCACCCCCGGCCAGCAUUUGCAGCCGAUGGCCAAGGACCACCACACGGACCUGACGACCUUAUAGAAGCGGGGACCCUGGGCCCGUCCCUCCCUGCACGCCCGGCUGAGCCGAGGCUGCAGGGGCAGGCUGGGCCUGCUGUCACCUCGCUGGGCUCUAAGGUACUGUGGGGGUGGGCCCGGGACCCAGGUUAGCACCCUGCCUGAGGGCAGCCCCCUCCCUAGAGCGGGGUGGGCUGGGAGGGGGGCGGGAUUCUCUCUCGGAGGAAGGCGUCACGGAGGCAGGAGCUCCUGAGAAAGUAAAAUCUCCUGAAAAUCUCCGCUGUUGGAUUGUGAAUUUACCAGGGAAGGUUGGAUGCUUUAUCCCAGUGUGAGGUGGGACGCUCUCCAGCACCCCACCCCUCCAGGGAACUCUGUGGCAUAGAGGUGUGGGGUGGCUGAGGCCCAGGGUUGGCCACUCUGUGCUAGGUGCUUCUCAGUACAAGAGUGCCAGAGCUGGGCCAGGAUUUCUGAACUUUCUGGGCUGUCUAGGUGAUUUCCAGUGUGAUUUCAAAAAACAAACACACAGAAAAGUGUUGCUCCCAGCGGUCCCAUGCCCCAUGAGAUGUCUAAGAAGGGAAUGGAAACGGGUGGUUUUGUGUUUAGAUUAUAUUUGUCGAAGUAUUUAUUUGUUGGGGAAUGGAGUACAGAAAUAAUUAACACCUUCAUGCCAAAAAUCUUAAACUAGUGACAGGGGUUGAGCUUCAGGGAGCAAAAUCAGAGAUAACGUGGACUUAGUUUUGGCAGGAAACGCAUUUUGAACUCCACCCCGAUCCGGUCCCUGGGAGUGUGUGUAGGGGGGCUCUUGACCCUUCCAGAGGGAGGCAGAGGAUCCAUUCAAAGCUGAGUUCUUGAAAAUAUAUUUCCACAUGUGCUUCCCACCAUCCACCCCCCAGCACUGAGCUUACAACCAGCUCUGGGUGAUUAAAGGAGAGGGGGAAAAGGAACCAAAUGGUCCAACAUUUUCCUUCUGGGGAAAGAAAACAAAACCUCUGUGCUCUGGGGGUGGCUAGAUAAUGACUGAGUUUCUGUUCCAACUGGAUUCCAAAUGUUCCAAAUAUACCCCCCACCCCAGAACAGUAUUUUGUAGGGAUUGGGAUAGGGCCUGUAGUGGGGAGGGGCCAUGCAAUGGGGAGAAUGUGGAAGGUGAGAAUGCUUUGUUUUUUAAGAGGAAACAAAAAAGCAAAACUCACUGAAUCUAGAAGUCCACAGUAAUUGGUGUUAGGUUUGUUUUUUCCUCUGAAGAUCUGAUUAAAAAAAAAAUCUAGGGUUUUUUUUCUUAUUCCAUGAACUAGAAGCAGAGAUUAUAAAGGUGGAAAGGUUUUUAGGCCCUCUUCUUUGCCUUGAAAAUGCUGAUUUCAAAACAAUUACCCUCAAACAACUGGAGAGAUGUUCUUUAGUCAUUUUUCUUAUGCCUUCCCUGGAAAGAGUUCAAAGCUCAUUUUCUAAAGGAUAAGGAGUAAGGUGUCAGAGGUAAUGACCAGAGUUCAUACUCUCAGAUGAAACAAGUCUUCAAAAGUUUAGACUCUAAAGCCUCGGGCUCAAAGAAAAAAAAGAAAGAAACCCCUAGUUGUAGCUACCCAAAAGUGACAAAAGGGGGCAGGGAGAAUGAGUCAGCUUAAGACUUAACUCUGAGAUCCAGAAUGGUGUUGUUUUUGGGGUUUUUUUCUGGCGCGUAAGAGUACUUUAGAAGUAUUCAGUGAUGAUUUUGAAAAUAUAUUUGAGUGGAAGGAGGAAAAGUCUUUCUCUGCAAGCGUGUUCUUUGGUUCUGUCUCCUGAGAGCCGAGGGCAGGUAUUCACUGGCGUCCCUAGGCUGAAAUUCCAAUUCUCUAAAGUAUCUUCCAAGCCUUGGUCUUUUGUAAUAGACCCUGGGGACAGCUCUUUGUUCCUCCUUGGGGUGAGCCUGGCUCUCAGACUUGCACAUGGCAAUACUUGAAUAUCGCCACGUCGGGAUAUUAAAGAUGGAUAUUCCUGCAUUAUUCGCAUCAUUGUUUGUAUGACAAAAAGCACAGAGUUCAUACAUAGUCAAGAUGUCUUUUUUCUGACGCUCUCACGUUGAGAAGCUGAAAAGGUAUUUUACUGAAGUUCGGCUAAAUUACAGAAUCAGGUUCAUCCAGAGGACAAAUUUUCUAUUCGAUUAGCUGUAUUUCAGCCGGGAGGACUGACCUCUAAACCCUUAACCUUUUGGACUCUAGCUACCCUUCUCUUCUUUCCCCCCCUCUAACAUGGAGAGUGAUCUUUGGAUGUGGCAUUUGAAAAGAGCUGCUAUCCUUAGGCAAGUCAGAAAGUUGCUAAGAUUCUUUCCUAAAAUCUCAAUCUGUGCAUACACGGAACCUGCUCCAUAGGAGGGGGACGUGUAUGUUUUCACAGCAACCAACUCUGUGUGUGUGUGUGUGUGUGUAUGUGUAUGUGUGUGUGUGUAUGAGAGGUUAUUAUGUAGGUUGCCCCCUCCCCAGAAGUUCAGGUUAUUCACCCAGCUUCAGACCAAAUACCACAAUGCUUAACCGCCUUCAGCCCCACCCCGGAGGAGAGCCAAGAGGCACAUUUCCAUGAAGAAAACCCAAGCUCCUUCUCAAACAGGGCCCUACCAAUGUAGAAAGUAACUUCAUCAGAGAAAAAAGUCUUUGUUGUUUGUAAGUCUCAAAUCUCCUGAGCUUCAAGGUAUUGUGUUUUGAAAUGUUACUGGAGGCUGUAUGGUCCAGAGGGCAGCCCCAACCCUGAAGUCCCACUCAGACCUCAGCAUCCAUUUGGACUGGUGGGAGUGGGCCAGGGAGGGGGCAGGGGCCCCCAACCACCUAGAGCAGGAAAGGAGAUGGGUUCCAGCUGGGAACGUACUCUGGAGAAACCUAGGCGUGGGGAGGCUCCAGAGUCCAGUUGCUAUUAUUUAUUUCCAGUCUGUUCCCCCAAAUAUGAGCCAGAGUGUUUGUUUGGGUGUUUAAAAAAACAAAUCCUGUGUUGGGGUGGUGGCUGGGGGGAGAGGGGGAGGAGUAAAGUGUUUGUUGAGGACGCUACUCCUCGGGCCCCCUCUCACUGUGUCCAUUACAGCCUUUUGUUGUGAGACGACAUUGUCAGUGAGCCCAUGGAAUCUGUUCACAUGAGAUGCUUUUUUAAUAGAAUUGACCAAUGUUUUGCUGCCACUGAUUAAAGUAUUAUUUAUACUAA